AUGCGUGAUGAUAUUGACAAUCCUAGGUUGGAGGAGGUUCCCUCCUUAGAGGAGGUGCGUCAGGUGAUAUUUGCGUUGGAUGGUGACAGCGCGGCUGGCCCAGAUGAUUUCUCUAGCAAAGUCUUCACGACUGCCUGGGAGGUGGUGGCUCACGAUGUGUAUAAGGCGAUUCUGAGCUUCUUCUGUGGUGCGGAACUGCCUCACUUCAUCACAGCGAUAUCUAUUGUUCUUCUACCCAAGAAAUUGAACCCUGAUGAUUUCGCCCAGUUUCGCAAAAUUAGUGUUUGUAACUUUCUCAAUAAAGUUAUUUCGCGCAUUAUGGAACUGAUGUCUGAAAUGGGAAAGAAGUGUAGGGGUGGUAACCUGGCUCUCAAGCUAGAUAUGGCUAAGGCAUACGAUAGGGUUUCUUGGGGUUUCCUUAUUGCCUGCUACGACGGUUUGGCUUCGGCGAAAGGUUCAUCGACAUGGGGUUUGCGUCAGGGGGACCUACUAUCGCCGGCGUUAUUUAUUAUUGGCUCGGAGGUCCUGUCCCAUGCCUUAAAUUCUCUUGUUACUCAGCCCAGGUUCCCGGCAUUUUGGGUGCCGAGGCACUGUCCUCCUGUUACUCAUUUGGCAUUUGUGGACGAUGUCAUCAUCUUUGCUAAUGGGGGUGCGGCCUCGCUCAAGAAGGUCAUGCAGAUACUGGAGUGGUACCAGCAUGACUUGGGUCAGUUGGUGAACGUGUAG